GCACCCCAUGACGAUAUUCUGGUAACGCCGAGAAAGAAAAGGGAGAGGACUGUUACUGUUACUGAUUCUAUGAAUGAGAGAAACUUUCUCUGCACAAAAGUAGCCCUGUUUGUUACUUAGCUUUUUCAAAGGGUAGCUAAUCAUACAUCGAUUAAGGGGUCUUUGGCGGUCACUGCACGGCUGGUCAGUGAGAGGAUGCCCGCAGCGGAGGAAUCGUACGGUGUCAACAAAGUCGUGGGCAACAUCUGUCAGCUUUCUCCAGAUUUGUUGGCUGAAGCAUGUCAGCACAUUCUGACUUAUCUCCAAGGGCAAGCGAGAGGAGUAGAUUCAGCCGAAAUAUCUGACAGAUUUCAGAGAGCUGGAGUCAGUCUUGACCAUGAAGCUCUGCAGAACAUGAUCAGAUUUCUCUUGUUAACAUUCAGGUCCGCUGGGAAGAGCAGCCUCUCUGGGGAUGACCUUGUGUCGAGGCUGGAAGAAGGCAGCAACAAGUGGACCAAGGCUGCCCUUCAGGUGUUGCACAGGUUGUGGGGUGAACAUGGUGCAUCGGUCCAGGCUCAGCAGGAGGUCCAGGCCAUUCUCAGCAUCGGCCAGUUAGUGGACAUGCAGUGGAAGCUCGGCAUGGCGGUGAGCUCCGACACCUGCCGAUCGCUCAACUCCCCAUACGUGUCUCUGCUGCUGAAGAUCGUCGAGCCCUCUGGACAGAUUUGUCACAGGUCUUUUGAGAUGACCAUUCCACAGUUCCAGAACUUUCACAAGCAGUUCAAGGAGAUGGCAGCUGUUAUGGAGACUGUGUGAUUGUCGCAAACGCACCAAAGUGCUUGUGAAGAUUGCACCCCAGUUUACAUGUAAUCAACAGGAAGGACAGCUUGACACAGGUGUGCGUCUGGCUGUCUCAGAAUGUGGAUACAAACUAAUGCACAUGUCAAUUGUCUGCUUUGCACAAAAGCGUUACUUCUAGGACCAACAGCUGUUCCAAUUGUUGAAAUUCUGUCUUUACUUCUAAUGCCAAGAUUAAGUGUACUUCCUCCAAUUAACAUAUCAAGGGAGCAUACCAACUAAUGCAGUCUAAUACGCAAUAAAUCUCACCGUAAAGUUACUAAAAGGAACUUUCCUUUUGGUAGUGCUCCCCAGCACCAGAUUCCCUUUCAAAAACAUCGCAUUUUACUUAAUUAGGGGUCAGACAGUCUGCUAAGCGCAGUCCUGGUGCUGACUGAGGCCGAGCAGAGUAACGGAGAAAUAGAACGUUAUUUUCUGAUUGAUUCACAGCGGUUAUAUUCUAAUAUAGAAUUUAAGAUGGAGAGGGGGGGGACAAAGCGCAGUUAUGAUCGACCUGAAUGUGCUACACGCCCUGGGUGCUGUUAUCGUCCAUGUGAGGUCUCUCCCCAACACAACAAAAUAAGAAGGAAAGAGACAAUCCAGGCUGAAGGCAGUGGGUCACAAUCGAAGAUUUAGAGGAAAUAAUUGUCUGUACACAAAUAGUUUUUUAGGAAAUUCUUGCAUAUUAUACCUUUUUUAACAAGCGAAUAAACCGCUAUAGAGAAGUGCUGUUGAACUGUAUUGCAAAGCAAAACAAACACCACAAACCACAUCCUCCAAAAUGUCCAUUAAAUUGAUUUAACACCUCUAAAACAAUUUAAACCAAAACUGAACUUUUAAUAACAGUCAUGGAGGAAUGUCGUAUCAGACUGCAUUAGUUUUGUCUAACAAUGUUAUGGUUCAGAUCCUAGAUACACUAAACUUCAGUUCCCCUCUGGUGUGGGACUUUAAGAGUGUACUGAAUCAAAAUAUGUCGCCACGGUGAACACAGAUGCUGCUAUGUGUUUUAUUUAGAGUAAGAGAUUGUGAUCAGCCCACUUUACAGCAACCUUUUAUACGAUGUGUCAUUUAUUAACUUAGAUUUCAUAGACACGGUGCAAUGAAAUGGUCCUUCUGAUUUUUGUUAAUGUCUAAUUUAUGAAAACUUUUCUUUUACUGUUUGUUUCCCCCCUUGCUAUGCUGAAAUGGCUACUGUGUUGGUCUGAAGAGGCGCCUUCGCCCUCUUUCCACUUUUGUCCGUCCUUACUUUGAUGCCAUACAAUAAUGAUGCAAUAAACAGUUAU